CACCCCACUCCAUCUCAACCAUGAACACCCCCACCGAGGUCUACGCCUCUGCCUGGACGGCGCGUCUCCUGGCCGCCUUCCUCGCCCUCACAGUCGUCCUGUGCCUCUCGCGUGCGACAGGCAUCCACCCACUGCCUAUUGCUGCUGGACUGGUGGUGACCGGGUAUGUGGCGCCGAGCAUGGGCGCGCCGCACCCGGCUGACGUCGGCAAGGUCCUCGCCACCUAUCCGAUCAUCACGGGCGUGUGGUGUGCUCUGGGCAUGGUUAUGCUCCCGCCGAUGUACUCGUGGAUCUCGCCGCUGCUUCUGACGGCCCUCACCCACCCGGCGUAUCUGUACCUUCUCAUCACCCUCAUCGACGCUGCCGUCAUCUCGCUCUUUGCUGGCCCUCUCCAUGCAGCCAGCAAGCCGUUCUCGCUGGUGCCGACUCUGGCCUUUAUGGCGUGGAUUACUCUCGCGCGGUUCCCGCUCGCUUGGCUGCAGGCGGCUGCCAUUGAUGCGAUGCACGCCGUCCUCGCCGGCCUCGUGCCGUGGCCGCUUGCCGUCCCUGCGCCGCUCCCGUCGUGGGCCGCGGUUGUUGUCGCUGAGCCGCUCGUUGCGCCGUGCACCUCGCAGCUUGUGGUCGACGUGGUCUUUGCCGCCCUCCUUGCCCACGCCAUCCUCGCCGCCUCGUCGUACAUCCGCCCGCUCCAUGUCUUUGCCUAUCGCCACGCCCUGGUCAUCGCCUGUGCGCUCGGCAUGGGCAACAUGCUCGCGCGGCAUAUCUUCCUCCACAACAUCCUUGCCAUCGCUGCCUAACUAAACGUCUCGCGCUUGAGCAGCUCAAGCUGGACACGCUGUUCGGGUGAGAGCUUGUCCAGCUGCUCGGCA